AUGAUAUCCACUCACAGUAUGAACUUUUUUGUAAAAUUUACCUCAAUUUGUGUAGGUGAUAAAGGGGCCUAUGACACAGCUAGAAACAUUCUAGGAUUUGGUCUCAAAUUUCGUACGAAUCAAGGAAUAUGGGACCUGCUCAUCCGAGACCCGGCCAAAUUCCCCAUCUUGAUCCACAGUCAAGUUCGAAGCGCUGUUACCAAUCUCCCUGACCCAGAUCAAGCCUUCGGGUUUUUGGCCGACAAUCCAGAGUCACUGAACCAGUUCAUAAGGACACUCUCGGACGCUGGAAUAUCAAAAGCAAAGCUAUAUUUACGUUUAUCAGGUUGGCUACACGCAAACGCCUUCACUGGCCAUGCUUACAGAUGGAUCAAGUCAGAUGUAUGGAACCACUCAUGCAAAACUCUGGCAUCGAUUGCUCGUGAUUUAGGCUCUUGGGUAUAUGUGAAGCUCUCGUGUCGUAGCAAUCAGGGAACAUCUAAUUUUACACGUACUGAACAAGCCGCUGUACAAGAUCCUUACUUUGCAGCACAGGAAAUAUAUACAUCAAUCAAAUCGGGCAAAUUCCCAAGUUGGACACUUUUCGCUCAAGUUUUGACUCCUGCACAAGCUUCAAAAUUUCGCUAUGAUGUUCUUGAUGUGACCAAAGAAUGGCCUUCUUCGCUUGUUGAACCUCAUGAAAUUGGUAGAUUUGAAUUCAAUAAAAACCCAUCUAACUAUUUCACAGAGGUAGAGCAAUUGGCAUUUUCACCGAGUAAUGUGGUCCAAGGCUGGGCUCCAAGUGAUGACCCAAUUCUACAAAUGAGACUUCUUGCUUAUCCGGAUGCCAAUCGAUACCGUCUUGGUUCCAAUUACCGACAAAUCCCUGUUAAUUGUUAUAUGAAAUGUCCGGCACAAAUAUCCGUAGAUAAUUCUGAUUGUCAACGAAGUACUCUUGCAGAUGGACAAAUUCCUACUACAAGAACUGUUCCUACCAAACCUGAUCAAUUGCCUGAUAUUGAUUAUGAGCAACCUAGAUAUUUUUACGGAAAUUUAACCUCUGAUCAAAAGUCUGAAUUAAUCAAUUCCUUUGUGAAAGGUCUUUCGGGAGUACAAGAUCACGAUAUCCGAUCUCGUGUUCUGGAUGUUAUACAUCAUGCCAGUCCCGAGCUUGCUUCUAGGAUCUCAGUUGCUUUAUGA